AUGGGUGGGGGCACUUUGCUCGUGGGUCACUGGAGUCCAGCAAAAUGGAACAGCGCGCAGCCAACAAUAUAUAUUAACCCUUCUCAACCGUAUUUUCCUUUUCACUGUUACCGACAUGAUCAAUUUCAUUUCAUCAAAUACAACAAGAUCGCUACUGAAAAUUUUACAUCUUAUACUUCCACAGAGACUUCCAUUACUGCGUGCAGAGCAGCAAAGCAUUACAAGCAAUACAGGGGUGGUAUCCUUGAAGCUGGAGGUCUGCAACGGUUCGAGCAGCAGCCGGAAUACACGGAGGUCAACGCACGCGAGGAUGCCAUCCUUGCCUGUAAAAUCAUCAACAAGAAGGGCACGUGCUCCUGGCAGAAGGACAAUAAGCCGGUGGGCAUCUACGAGAAGAAGUACGAGUGGGCGGGCGCGCGCGACCAGGGCGACUGCAGCCUGCUGGUGCGCGCCGCGACGCUCGAGUUCGACGACGGCGAGUGGGAGUGCCAGGUGACGCCGUCCGACUACACGACGCAGGACGCGCUCACCUCCACGCCGGUGCGGCUCGUCGUGCGCGCGGCGCCGCAGGUACCCCGCAUCGAGUACAACUCCAGCCAAGUGCUGCCCGGCCACAACCUGUCGGCCAACGACGGUGACCGCGUCAGUGUCAAGUGCAUCAGCCGCUACGGCAACCCCGCCGCCAACAUCAAGUGGUUCCUCGGUGAGGAGGACGUGACCAGCCAGAGCUCGCUGAGCACGGCCAAGGAGGCGGACAACCCGCGCACGUGGGUGGCGCUCAGCGUGCUGCAGCUGCGCGUGGCCCGCGCGCGCCACGGCUCGCCGCUCAAGUGCGUCGCGCUGCACGGCUCCUACAGCAGCGGCUCUGCCGACACCGAGGUGCGCCUCGACGUCAGAUACGCGCCAGAGGUGCGGCUGAGCGGCGUCCCGACCGGCGACGUGGAGGAGGGCGUGUCGCACGUAGAGCUGCGCUGCGAGGCGGACGCCAACCCGGCGGCUCGCGUGGUGUGGCGGCUCGCGGGCGAAGUGGCCAGCGUGGACUCGCGGCUGCGGCUGGCGCCCGCCAUGCGCCGCAACUCCGGCACCUACACCUGCUCCGCGCAGAACUCAGUCGGUACCAGCCGCCGCCUCGCCGUGGACAUCGACGUCAAGUACCCGCCGCAGAUCCUGUCGGUGGGCCCGGACCGGCUGGUGACGGCGGCGCUGUUCUCGCCGGCGCGCUUCUCGUGCGACGCGGAGGGCAACCCGCCCCCGCAGCUGCGCUGGCUGCAGCGCGUGCCCGCCGGCCCAGCCAUCGGGCCAGCAGCAGCCGGCGCGCCGGCCGCCGUGGCUGAGGUGCUGCGCGGCACCGCCGCCGACCUCGACAUCGGCAACGUGACGUACGAGCUGCAGGGAGAGUACGUCUGCCAGGCCGUCAACACCAUCGGCGGCUCCGCGCGCACCGCCACCAGCGAACCCGUCUCCCUGCAGGUCGUGGGAGCGCCGCAGGUGCUGGGCGGUGACGAGGUGGUGGUGUCCCGCGGCGAGGACGCUCUGCUGACGCUGGUGGUGUGCGGAGACCCACGGCCAGACCGCGUCUCCUGGGAGUGGGGCAGCCAGCAGCUCAGGGAGGGCACCUCACUGGGCCGCUACGAGGCCGACCCUCUCGCCGACGACGUGCGAGAAGACUGCUACGAGGCGCGUCUUCGCGUCCGAGAGGUGUCGCCCGCGGACCAACGCCAGUACUACCUCACGGCCGAGAAUGAUCGCGGCAAGGGCCGCCACGCGCUCCACCUGGUCGUCAGGGAGCCGCUGUCUGUGACAACGCUGGUGAGUGUGGCGGCGGGCCUGCUGCUGCUGCUGCUCGUCGUGCUGUUCGCCAUCAUCUUCACCGCCCGGCGCGAAAAGUGCUGUUUCGCCAGACAAGGAAACUUCAGGCCUUCCGAUCUGGAGAGUGAGAAGAGUGACGCAGAAAGCGGCGGCGGUGGAGUCGGCGGCGGCCGCAAGUCGGCGACCAACAACAGCAGCGACUACAACUCGGCGACGCGGCCGCCGCCCACCAUCACGGGCGGCUCCUCGCCCGACGCCAUGAAGCGUCGGUUCAGUGGAAACUACUCCAGAGGAACAUUCAGGAAGGAGAGGGAAAAGAAAGAUAAUCUUUAUGCUGAUCUUCAGGUACCUACAAUUAGCAACAAUGGCUCUACAAUGAUGGUUUCGAAAGAAAAGACGACUAAAUUUCACAAUGAACCACAACCUGGUGCAUUCUAUUCGUCAUUUAAAAGUGGCGAACCCCCAAUAACGAAAAAUUAUUUUCAGCCCAGUAUUUUCGAAAGAGCAGAAUUAUAAGUUUUUUACCGGUAUCAUGAUGUGUGUAUUAUUAGUUUCUUUUCAGUGUUUCCUGCCGUAUAUGCGGAUGUAUUUUAAGUUGAUUUGCUUUUUACGAUUCCGUCAUUGACAUGGAGAACGUCAGAAUCUCAUUAAGUAAAAGAUACUACGUGGCCAACCAGUAUAUUGUAAGAAGUAAAUAUCAUUAACUUUGUGGGUAAACGUAAGGCCGAAAUUACUACUAUAUUUUUAACUGAAAUUAUACUUACACUUCUACUUCAAAAGAGCCGUAAUGAAUGAGUGUAACGAGAAAUGCCCAGAACUAGAAUCUUAUGGUUGUAUGAAGGGGAUCACAAACAAAUGCCUCAGAAAACUUUGUAAUUUAUUUCCUCCAAAUAAGUUGUAAAAAAUUGUUACGUUCCUUAGCGUAACGAAUUGGCCAAGAUUCUUCAACAUUUCGGAGUGGAAAUUUAUUUAGACUAUGACUACCAAUCACAACCUGCUGUUACACAUAUUAUUUGACAUCUACAGUUGCCUCUACAAAGUGACACUUUGUGUAGGAAAUAAUGAGCACAUAAUUCCUCACGAACGUUUUUCAAAUGUAUGUGAAACUAGCAGAUAGUCAAGGAAUGUAGGAUUGUAACAGCAUUCACAUGUGCGACCAUAUUCUUAAAUAAGAUCUGACAUGGACAGUGAAUGGUCUAAGCUAAGAAACAGUACUGAACAACUUUUUGAAUUGGUGAUGUUUGUCGUUUGAUAUAUAAAUUGUUUCUCAAAUGUGAGCUGUUUUAUAAACAUUUUUGUAGUUAAUUGGAAAUGUAAAUUGAUGUUAAGCGACGAAUAUGUGCAUGAAGUACAACAGAUAUUGUAAUUUAAUUACAGAGGCACUGUCUUGUGUUGCAAAUAAUUUACAGACAGCAGCUGAAAGUUGUUAGCAAUUAUCUGCACUUCCUUUAUUUAAUGUAUGGCACAUCUUAGUUUUUAUUGUUGAAGAGAAGGAGUAAAGAUACCAAAUUUUACUGUUAAUUCAAACCUGGAUGUGUAUCAUACUUCAAGCUGUAUCUCAAUUGUUGGUGUUAUGAAUAUUUUAAGUGUGUUGUUAGGCUGUAUGUAUUGUUGAUGUAUGUACGUUCGCAUGUAUGUAUGUAUGUAAAUAAAGUUAUGGCAGUGUUUUACAAUA